AUGCUAGAUUUCUCGAAACGGAGAAGUACGCAUGGUAUGGAUUUGGUGCCAAUGAUUGAUCUUUAUAAUGGUACCACCUGGGAACAAUCCGGUGUCUUCCCAAGAGUACGAAUCAUGGGAAAUGUGCAAGAACAUACUGUACAAUGCGUAGUUGUCAUCAAUACUUUCUAUGAGAAGACAUCUUCUUAUGGUGUGACAACAAUACCGUACCACAAUCGUCGUUUUAUCAAGAGGCAUUUGGAAAUCACUGAAUAA